AUGUACAAGCAAAUCUCUGCUGCCGCCCUCUUCGCCGCCGGCGUCUCUGCCCACGGCCGGGUCACCUCCCCCACCCCCCGUCCCCUGGGCGACGCCAUGAAGGCCGCCUGCGGUGACCAGGUCUGGAACAUGCAGUCGUCGGACAACAACGGCAACAUCCAGACCAUGGCCCAGAUCGGCACCUCGCAGUCCGACUUCGACGCCGCCAAGUGCCACCUGUGGCAGUGCCGCGGCUACCAGUUCGACGACGCCACCGCCGAGUCCAUCCAGAGCUUCACCGCCGGCGAGAAGGUCCCCUUCGUCGUCGACAUCGCCGCGCCCCACACCGGCGUCGCCAACGUCUCCGUCAUCGACCUCGGCGCCAACAGCGUCAUCGGCGACGCCCUCAUCUCCUGGGACAGCUACGCCUCCACCGAGAAGGGCGUCCAGGACGGCGACGAGAACUUCAGCGUCACCAUCCCCUCCGACCUGCCCGCCACCUGCUCCAAGAAGGGCGGCUGCGCCCUCCAGUGGUGGUGGGACGCCCGCUCCAUCGACCAGACCUACAUCAGCUGCGUCGACUUCGUCGUCGGCGGCGCCUCCGGCUCCGGCUCUUCCCCCGGCUCGGCCUCUAGCUCUGCCGCCCCUGCCGCCACCAGCGCUGCGACCACCACCUCGGCCGCCGCCAACGCUGCUGCUGCGGCCCCCACCGAGGCUGCUGAUGACGACUCCUCUUGCACCAAGCGCAAGGCCCGCCGUGCCUUCCGCGCUUAA